UUCGUCAUCACAUCACACUAUUGUCAAAAAUAUAAAAAUGUUUUGGCAUCGUUUAUGAAAGUUAUUAAAAAGUUUAAUUAGUACGUAUUUUAUUGUUAUUGCUAUUACGAGAACCACAUUCGUCAAACGUCUCGGUAAAUUAUUGCUAGUUUCUGUUAGUCCACGUUUUAGUGGUUAGAUAGAGUAUAUAGGCAAUAGGUUAAAAAACAAAAAAAAACAACAAAAUGAAAAUAUUCAAAGAAAGGAUCUUAUCAGAAUCUCAAUUGAGACGGUUAGGAGAGCACCAGUAUUCUUGCCAAAGCGUCAGUAUUUUCGAUAAACUUUUACAACCAUAUUGGAAUUGGCUGGUGUUGAGGGUACCAAUAUGGUUAGCUCCCAAUUUACUUACAAUUAUGGGACUUAUAGUUAAUAUAUUUACGGCUUUAGUUCUUGUCAGUUUCUCCCCAGAUGCAAAAGAGGAGCCUCCGAGAUGGACCUGUGCUCUUUGUGCAAUCGGCCUUUUUAUCUAUCAAAGCUUAGAUGCUAUUGAUGGUAAGCAGGCUCGGAGAACAGGCAGUGCUAACCCACUGGGAGAGUUAUUUGACCAUGGGUGUGAUUCUUUAUCAACAGUAUUUGUAGCUGUUUCUGCUUGUACAGCUGUUCAGUUAGGCAAUUAUCCUGCCUGGAUGUUUUUUCAGUGUUUCUGUGCCAUGACUCUAUUUUACUGCGCCCACUGGCAAACUUACGUAUCGGGCACCUUAAGGUUCGGUAAAGUGGACGUGACUGAAGCCCAAAUCACCAUCAUGACUAUUUUAUUGGUGUCUGCCAUUUUCGGACCGAGCAUUUGGUCCAUAAAGAUUUUCAGUGAAUCAAUCCAACUGUGGAUGUCGAUUCCAUUUAGUACAUUUAUAGUUGGCAGUUACGCCCUCUACCAGAGUCUGGUGGUCAUUUUUACCGGAGGAGCCGGCAAAAACGGUUCGACCGUGGCCGUAAGUUUGACAACUGAGGUCAAAUUUGAAGGGUGUCAAGCAUGUCGAUCUUGUGGGGGUACCAGCGUACUAUCGCCUGUAAUUCCCAUUCUACUAGUAGUGUUACCAGCCUUUAUAAUCUACAAAAAAUCGGAACAGUUAAUUUAUCAAUCACACCCCGUGUUGUACAUUUUCACGUUUGGCUUGGUCGCAGCGAAAGUAACAAAUCGGCUGGUGGUGGCCCAUAUGACGAAAAGCGAAAUGGAAAUGUGGGAUUAUUCUCUGGUAGGGCCAGCGAUGUUGUUCUUCAACCAGUAUUUUAAUACUUUUAUUAAUGAAUAUGUGGUGCUUUGGCUGGCAUUGGUGUGGGUAACUUUGGACCUUUUGAUCUACUGUUACCGUGUCUGUCACGAAAUCUGCGCUUAUCUACGCGUCGAACUCUUCCGUAUUCCGUAUCCUGGUGGGCCUCAGAAAGUCUACGCGGAGCAACCGUCGAUGCAACACGGCGGAUCCGAAAAAAACGGUACGAAAUCACAAUACAAAGUUAAGACGCGCAGUACUUCCAAAAAUGCCAGGCUUUAGUCCAUUUAAUUGAUUUAUUUAUUUAUACGAUAAUUAUGUGGUGUUGUGUCGUGUUGUAUAGUGUUAAAGGUUUUUAGGAAUAUUCUUUUGAGUUUUUUUGAUUGGGUUUAUUUGGCUAUUUUUCUGGUCCGGUGGUCGAAAAUAUAUUUGUAAUAGGUUUUUUUUUAAAUUUAUCAAUAAUUAAAAGCGAUUUUUGUUAAGUAUAAAAUUGUAAAAACUAACUACAAUUAUAUUAACCUUUGUUUAAAAUAAAAUAUUGAUUGGAAAUAUACUAGUAGAGGUUAUA